CACAUCUGUACCUAUCAAGGCCCCAAGUAUUUGUGACGAAGGAAAAGAAAAAGAAUUCAAGUGCACAUAGAAAUGAAAAUAUACUUGGAUACACGCAUAUACUUCAACGUGGGGUAGGUACAUGUAAGUCGUCCCUUCUUUAUGGCAUUUUGUACCUGUAGUCAAAGACAUGGCGUCAUAAGAAUACCCAAUCAGCUGGUAUUGGCUUCCCCAGUUUCCCGCCACGCGGCAACGACCCGACGCAAAUAUGCAUUCCUACCCUUGUAAUCACAACUUGAAAUCAUCACCUGAGAUCACUUACUUAACCUACCUACAUAAUACAUACUUUUACUGCCAAAGUAUGGAAUCGUGCUUAUCAUAAUGGUAUAAACGGUUCGAGCAUUACUAUCUUGUAUUUGUUCGCUUGGAUCUUCCCAAACAGUAUCAUAGCCCAAGAUGGCACCGAUACCCCUUCAACACCCAGUGAGCUUCAUUUCACUGGCUACAGUUGGCAUCCGUCUUAUAUCAACCGUCUACUUGAUAUAUGCCGUCGGUGUUAGCCUUUAUACGUCAUAUAAGUCAUUAGGCCCGGCCCAAGACACACGAUCUCGUCUUGCGCAACGUAAGAGAUUAGUCCCGGUCUUUCUCGGACUUUCUAUUACAGCUCUAUUCCUGGCCACAUAUACUUCUAUAAACUCAGCUGUCCUGUCGUAUCGAACAUGGGCAUAUGAGCACGGUCUCGACCAACCGGAACGCUUUAUCCCCGAAGAAACGCUUUUCCCAGAACCGGUGAACUCAAGCAUACUGGACCCAGUCUAUAUAGCUCAUUGGUUGAGUGAUACUUCACCUUACUUCGACAAUCUCGAAAUUGUUGCCGAGAAGGCUCGCCGCUUUUGGUGGGGUCAACAGAUCGAUCUUGCCACCAUAGCAUUCAGUUUUCUAUUGUCAAUCGAAGGACGACGACGAAAUGUUCCACUGACUGCGGCCUUUCUCGCCCUGGCGCAUCUCGUCAGCCUAUCCUUCGCCCAGAACCUAUUUUUCCUUGUUCUUCUCCUAACUCCAGCACCCCUGUCACAAGGAAAGGAGAGCUAUGGAUUACCAGUGGUGCCUUCAAGCUUGAUUCAGAUCCGUGACAAAUACUUCCCACCCAAGCCAAAGAAUUGGUAUCUGAAUCCUCUUGCAUUCGGAUCGGCUUUGGCUCUCAACUACUCAUCAACGUUUUUACUCCCUUUAGCCGCCGAAACACCAUCAUUCGCGAAUGUAGUAUUCUUCACUCGUGCCUCAACUUUCUUACCCCUGAUCCUACCAGAGAUUGCUCCAACAAGCUGGGGCACCAUCCACACACAUCCACAUGACGCAUAUCGUCCACUCACAACGAUAUAUCGAACCGUUUCUUUCAUGUCCUUCGUAUACCAUUUCAAGGUUGCCAUCGCAGGGAUCAUCACAAGUAUCCCAAAUUCACAUCAUCAUCGACACAGUGUUUUCUUCACAUGGGACACGGAGGAACGCACCAACUGGGAACGUAGUAGUACAGCAGUAGGCAAGGUGCUGGGCUCCAUAUAUGACCAUCCUGCCGUGAUGGCUGUUGGAUGGGACGUCUUGAUCUGUGUAUUCAGUCUAGGCCUCUGGGCUGCUGUCCGAGCUACAAACACCCAACAUAUUAUUUACUCGACAUAUCUCAACUACGGCUUCAAGCACAAAUUUGAGUACCCCGUUGAGGACAACAAGGAACCAGGUACACCAGUUAAAGCUGAUCCUGAGCUUUCCGAAGAAGUCACGCCAGAACACCCAAUGACUCUAAGGCACCCAAGAAGAUCGACCAAGUCAAGAGUGGGAAGUGCUGCGAGCUCGUCCGCACACAGUGAGGAAGGAGGCAGAACCCCUGGGAAGAGGCGAGGACGGCCGAAGAAAACCAAGCAACCUGAGGAAGAGAAACCAUAUGAGCCUGCUCCAUCAGAGGCUCGAGACAUAGUGGAGGGAGAUGUUUUGCCAGCUAGUGAACCGGAUUGGGAGUCGGCCGCUCUAACUUGGGGUAUAGCCGCCUUUUCCGGACUUGGUUCAGCUACAGCUGGUGUCUUCGGAGCAGAAUGCGUCUCCAGAUAAAGGAAUCAAGUAGGAAGCGGGUUUGCCGGGUCUAAUAAUUUAGGACAUGAAACACGACUUGAAAGGAUAGCAAGGCUAGCGGACUAUACAUAUGCUUUACAACUUAAUAGCAAAAUCCCCAGUGUAGUAAUUCAUAUAAUCCAGCGAA